UCUCUUUUUCUCUCUCUACAAUCACAGUUCUUCAAUCUCAUAUAUUUUUCGUAUACAAAAAAUCCACCACCGCUCUCCGCCGCCGUCAACCACCAAUUCCUCCGCCGUCUUCGAAUUAAGGGUAUGGGCUCAUCGGCGUACUACUCCGGCUGCGAAUACGACGAUUACGAACCCCAUUUUCUCGAUUGCUGCUCCCUCUGCCGACGACCACUCAGCCAAAACAACGAUAUCUUCAUGUACAGAGGGGAUACGCCGUUCUGUAGCCAAGAUUGCAGGCAAGAACAGAUUGAAAUCGACGAAGCGAGUGAGAAGAAAAUGAAGCAGCUUUCUUCUUCGUCGAAGAGAUCUAACUCGGCGAGACAAACAACCUCGGAAUCUGCUAAAGAAUACGAUGCCGGUAAAUCUGUACGGAACGGCACGGUGGCCGUGGCUUAGAAAUUUCCCAAAAUAAAAAAACAAAUCUUUUUUGUCGAGAACAAAAAAAAUGGAUUGGAAAAUAGUUUGAUCUGUUGAAGAAAAAGAAAAAAAAAAAAGUGGGGAGAAGGAGGAGGAGAAGAGAGGGUACAUCCCUACAAUUUUGAUUUUUUUUUUUUUUUAAUUACUAUUUUACAUUUGUGAUUUUCUUUUUUUCUUUUUCUUUUUUCUUUUUAAUUUCUUGAAAAUGGCAUCUCGAUAUUGUCAAUAUGAUAAAGAGGAUUGAGUUGUCUUCUAAUUGAGAUGCCAUUAGAUGUAAAUCUUUGUUCAUGUAAUGGAAUUCUCAAAUAGUUAAAAAAAAAAAAAUUAGC